UAUUCAUGCAGUAAAAUGGCAGAAGCCAAAAUUUCAGUCGAUGAGAAUGAGUUCACGUGUCCAGUGUGUCUGGAUCUCCUGAAGGAUCCAGUGACCAUUCCCUGCGGACACAGUUACUGUAAGAGCUGUAUUACAGACUUCUGGGAUCAGGAUGAUGAGAAGAGAGUCUACAGCUGCCCUCAGUGCAGACAGACCUUCAGUCCAAGACCUGCUUUAGGUAAAAACACCAUGCUGGCUGAAGUGGUGGAGAAACUGAAGAAGAUUAAGCUUUCUGCUGACUGUUACGCUGGAGCUGGAGACGUGCAGUGUGACGUCUGUACUGGAAGAAAAUACAAAGCCGUCAAGUCCUGUCUGGUGUGUCUGGAAUCUUACUGUCAAACUCAUUUUGACCGUCAUGAGGAAUAUCACUCUCGUAAACCACACAAAGUGAUCGAUGCCACUGGACGACUGCAGGACAUGAUCUGCCGUAAACAUGAUAAAGAGCUAGAAAUGUUCUGUAUCACUGAUCAACAAUGCAUCUGUGUGCGGUGUAAGGAGUAUGAACAUAAAAACCACAACACUGUAUCAACUGCAGCACAGAGGACAGAGAAACAGAAACAGCUGAAGGAGACGCAGAUGAAGAUCCAUCAGAGAAUCCAGCAGAGACAGAAAGAUCUUCAGCAGCUGAGAGAGGCUGUGGAGUCUCAUAAGCGCUCUGCACAGACAGCAGUGGAGGACAGUGAGAGGAUCUUUACUGAGCUCAUCCGCUCCAUUGAGAGAAGCCGCUCUGAGGUCACACAGCUGAUCAGAGAUCAGGAAAAGGCUGCAGUGAGUCAAGCUGAAGGACAACUGGAGCAACUGGAGCAGGAGAUCAAUGAUCUGAGGAGGAGAGACGCUGAGCUGGAGCAGCUUUCACACACACAUGAUCACAUCCAUUUUCUGCAGAGUUUCCAGUCUCUCUCAGGACCUCCUGAAUCUACAGAUGAACCUGACGAUUCCUUCAGUUCUCUCUUCUCUUUUGAUGGCAUGAGAGAAUCUGUCCAUCAGCUGAGAGACAAACUGGAGGAUUUGUGCAAAGAGGAGAUCAAGAAGAUCUCUAACAGAGUCACUUUCGUCAGCAUGAAUCCCAAGAACAAGAAUGACUUCCUACAGUAUUCCCAUCAGCUCACUCUGGAUCUGAACACAGUGAAUGAAAACCUCUGUCUGUUUGAGAGGAACAGAGUGAUUACUGUCACUGACACAGUCCAGCCGUAUCCUGAUCAUCCAGACAGAUUUGAUAUGUAUCGUCAGGUGUUGUGUAGAGAGAGUGUGUGUGGACGCUGUUACUGGGAGAUUGAGUGGAGUGGAGAUUAUGUGGGUAUAUCAGUAUCAUAUAAGAGCAUCACCAGGAAGGGAUGGGGUAUUGAGUGUGCGUUUGGACUUAAUGAUCAGUCCUGGAGUUUGUUCUGCUCUUCCUCCAGAUUCUCAUUCAGACACAAUAAGAUACAGACUGAUCUCCCUGCAGCACCCAUCAGUGGUAAAAUAGGAGUGUAUGUGGAUCACAGUGCAGGAACUCUGUCCUUCUACAGCGUCUCUGACACAAUGAGCCUCAUCCACACAGUCCAGACCACAUUCACUCAGCCGCUCUAUCCUGGGUUUUAUGUUUGGUCUGGAUCAGUGAAACUGUGUUGAUGUUUCAGAAUAGAUUGUAACAGUGAGAUGAUACAGAGUCUCUUAUUUCCUCUUCAUUACAUUAAUACUGCUGAACUUCUUAAACUGAAAUAACAGAAUAAAUUUGUGUUUUAAAUCCUCAUAGAGACAGUAGUGUGUGUGUGCGUGUGUGUGCAUGUGUGUGUGUGUUUUUGUGACAUAUCAGGACACAAAUUUGUAUAAUGACAUGGGUAUGACAUAGGUAUUACAAGAAGUAUGAGGACAUUACCCUUCUCUUAGAAUAAAUAAAUUGCCUUGCCUUGAGGUUACUAACUAGCAGCAAUUUAAUAUAUCAUACAAUACUUGCAUCAGGCCUCAACUUUUCAAGAGCGUCUAGAUAUACUGUUGCAGUAGAAAGUCCUUAGAGUUCAGUCUGAUGGUGCUGAAGUUGCAGUCGAUGUCUUGAAUAAAGGACCGAUGACUUGUAUGGUUAGUUUGACUCUUAGUGGGGAAAGAGUCCUUUUCUCUCCCAGCUCGGGGGCUGGGUGGUCUCACGUGCCAGCAAUCAGUAGUAUAGCAGGGACAAACAGAAGAACCAGAAGAGAGCGUGAGUGUUCUGAUUGGGGGUACUUAACUUCUACAGAAAUGUUACACCCCUGAGUCUUUGCUUGACCAAUGAGAAAGGUCCAAUUCUCUGUUGGGAGAUUUUCUUUGUUUGAGAGCGACCUCAUUUGCCUGAGGGGUGUGGCUAUAAAGUUUGUGUCCAUUUAUAUUCUGAUAAAUAUAACAAACAUACAAUGCAUUCUAUGAGAUGGUGAUGUCCACCAAAGUGUGAGUCAUUAAAUGAGCAUUAAUUUGAUAGGAGACAUGAGGUACGCAGGGUUACCUUAACUAAUAGUAUACUCAUAAGAUUUUCAUAAAGCAAAAUGCACUCAAGAGACACUUUUCAAGACAGUUAUAAUUAUACACACAAUGUCCUGGGAUGCAUGUUCAUUUAUAGAACAGUUUGUCUAUAAAUUAAUGCAAGUCUGUUCCAAGGGCUAUGGGUUUUUCUAUGGCCUCUGCUUUUUGGCUGCAUAGUUCAGGGGGCAGUAAAUUAAGCCUUAUCAGAUGGUGUCCAUGGUAACUGAGGCCCUUCUUGUCCUAGUUGGGGGAGGGUGGUUCCAUAAACCACAGAAUGAGUUUCAAGGAUUAUUUGUUAAAUAUAACAAGUAGUUGUGUCUGAUUGGUCCAGAUGCUUCAGCUGAUAUCGAUACCGAUGUGAUACUUCUAAUCUGAACUUAUACACUUUAAAAUUUGUUAAAUUAUUGAAUUACUAAGUGUAAAAUGGGUAAUGAUACCCACUUAACAUUAUAUUUGAAAGGUAUUUUAACAUUCAAUACCCCUUAAUUACAAUUUAUUAGAUUAUAUUUUUGUUUACACAUGGUUAAAAUGUUUACUUGUAACUAUGGAAAUCUACAAAUACUAUAGGCCUAGCUGAACUAUGUUCACUGCAGUAAUGGUUCAUUUUCAUAAGGGACUGCCAGUGACAGGCUGUUGCACCCAUAAAAUGCAACCUUUGUAUUUGUCACAGUCUGUUUAGUUUCACUUUCAGUUUAUGGACUUUGUUUGUUUUCCAUGAUCACAUGUUCUGUUUCCCGCCUUCAUCAUUAGUUCAUCUGUAUCACCUGUGUCUCAUUAAUCAACCUUGUUAUGUUUGCUAUUUAGUUUCCCCGGUUCACUCAGUCUUUGUCCGUUCACCGUUUGAGUAAGUUGUGUUGCAUAUCUAUGCCUGUAAACCUGUGGAUUACGUUAUUAAACUAGUAUUUGGAUUUAU